CCCGUGUCGCCGGCUGUGGGCAGUCGCAUUCCGCGGCUCUCUAUCCUUGGCACCCGGUAUCCAGACCCCUCGGUGGAGAGCGGGCUGCAGAGAUGCCCCUGCCCCAGGCGGAGGAAUAGUGCUGCCUGCUCCCGCGCCAUCUAUACGGCGGGGGCUCACGGACCACUCGGCCGGGCCUCUGAGCACAACCCUUUUUGGUAGAUAGCAGUUGCUUCAGCCCGCCAGUUGCCUGCCCUGGCUGAGGAGGAGACGACGAAACGCGCACCCCGCCCCCAUCUGCGCCCCAGCUCUGUAGCCCCAGUCACCUUCCUGUGCCCUUCUCCGACAGCACCUUGGACUUGCUCCCACCCGCUCUGGGGGAAAACUGAGGCACCGCUGGCAGGGACCUUGGAGACGCCACCUGCAUACUCAACAGCCUGGAAUCCAGUCACCUUGGUACCUCGCUUCCCAGACUCUUGGAGGAGGAGCUGACAGCUGGCUGACAGAAAACUCAACCAGGGAGAGAAGAGACAAAAAUGAAGUAUGAAAUCAGGAAUAAUGUUUUCAGAAUAGACCUCUGAGUUGGAUACCAUACUACCAAAAGAUUCUUAAUUCCUGCAUCCAAAGUUCCAGGUAUUGAUUUCUGACUUUUGAAGAUGGAUGAAGGAACAGAAGUUUCAACUGAUGGAAAUUCCUUGAUCAAAGCAGUCCACCAGAGCCGGCUUCGCCUCACAAGACUUUUGCUAGAAGGUGGUGCCUACAUCAAUGAGAGCAACGACCGUGGAGAAACACCUUUGAUGAUUGCUUGUAAGACCAAACAUGUUGACCACCAGAGUGCCGGUAAAGCCAAGAUGGUGAAAUACCUGUUAGAGAACAGUGCGGAUCCCAACAUACAAGACAAAUCUGGGAAAACUGCUUUGAUGCAUGCUUGCUUAGAAAAAGCUGGUCCAGAGGUGGUUUCCUUGCUCCUAAAGAAUGGAGCUGACCUCAGCUUGCAAGACCGUUCUGGCUACUCGGCUUUAGUUUAUGCUAUAAAUGCAGAAGACAGAGAGACCCUGAAAGUACUUCUUAGUGCUUGCCAGGCAAAAGGAAAAGAGGUUAUCAUCAUAACCACAGCCAAAUCACCCUCUGGGAGGCAGACCACCCAGCAGUACCUCAAUAUGCCGCCUGCAGACCUGGAUGGGAGCCAUUUGCUAGCCGCCUGUACCACGCCUUCGGAAAUAGACAUCAAAACAGCCUCGUUGCCACUCUCAUAUUCUUCUGAGACUGACCUGACACUUUUUGGCUUUAAAGAUAGGGAGCUGUCUGGAAGCAGUGAUAAUUCCUGGGAUCCAGGCUCUCCUGGGAGAAAGCCUGUGCUGGCCACGAAUGGACCCAAGCUACCCCAGGCUCCAGCCUGGAUCAAGAGCCCCCCAUCUUUAAAGCACCAGACCAGGGUGGCAUCCUUGCAAGAGGAGCUCCAAGAUAUUACUCCAGAGGAAGAAAUAGCCUACAAAACCAAUGCACUGGCCCUGUCUAAGCGCUUCAUCACCAGGCACCAGAGCAUCGAUGUAAAAGAUACUGCACACUUGCUCAGAGCCUUUGACCAGGCCAGCUCAAGGAAGAUGUCAUAUGAUGAAAUAAAUUACCAGUCUUUGUUUCCAGAAGGAAAUCAGCCAUGCAUUGAAAUCCCCAUUGACCAAGACCCAGACUCUAACCAGACAAUAUUUGCUUCCACCUUGAAAAGUAUAGUUCAAAAGCGAAACUUGGGGGCCAAUCACUAUAGCUCUGAUUCUCAGCUCUCAGAGGGUGUUACCCCACCAACCUUAGAAGAGGGCAAAGCAGGAAAGAAAAAGAUCUUCUCACCAUCGCCUUCCUUGGUAUCAGGGUCCAAAGAAUUGAUGGAGAAUAUUCCUCCCGGCCCCCUGAGCAGGAGAAAUCAUGCAGUUUUAGAAAGGCGUGGUUCUGGAGCAUUCCCUUUAGAUCACAGUAUUGUGCAGACCAGACCUGGGUUUCUGCCACCCUUAAAUGUAAACCCUCACCCUCCCAUUGCAGACAUCGGUGUUAACAAGAUGUGUAGCCUGCUUUCUUGUGGUCAAAAAGUGCUUAUGCCAACUGUUCCUGUUUUCCCGAAAGAAUUCAAAAGCAAAAAGAUGUUGUUAAGGAGACAGUCACUGCAGACAGAACAAAUUAAGCAGUUAGUAAAUUUUUAAGAAAUGGCUAGCAAACACAUUAUGUCCAGAUGUCUGUAUCAGAGAAACAUAGAUUUAGAGAAGAAAUCUUCAAUGUGUAUCCUUGUAAGUCUUGGUUAGUCCAUCAUGGGUAGGCAGAUCAAAAUAUAAUGUAUUUUGUAUUAGGUACUCUUAAUACACAGAUACAUAGUUUCUGCUAAGUGAAUUCACUCAAACAAAAUGAAGGUUAUUUUUCUCAACACUUUCAAUGUUAUCAGUCUUCAUGUAGUCCAAGUUUUCCAUCUAAACAAAACCAGCCAAGAAAGAAUGUUGCAGAUGUUAGACAUAAUUUUUUAAAAUAUCAAAUUGGCUUAAUUUUUUAUUAAAUAAUGUUUUCAAGUCAGAAAUUUUGUUAACAUUUUAUGUGAACAGCAUUGUAAUUUUCCAUGGUGCCAAAAUCAUAAAACACUGACAGCUGUCAAAUAUUCUGACACCGGUAAAGAAAAACUACAAAAGAAGAAUGAACAGAUUCUUAGAAAAUGUUGAGUGUAGGCAGAUAAAAGUCUAAUUACAAUUUCAAAAGAAAAACGAGUCAGAAUGAGCAAAUAAUAUGUUCAUAAUGCCUGUUAAACCAGUGUCAAAUUGGCAGGUCAGGGGGACCUGGCUGGGAGAUGCCUCACUUGCUGUGCAAGCCUGAUGAUAUGAGUUCAGAGUCCAUGUGAAAGCCAGACCCAAUAGUGCAAGUGUCAGUAUGCCCAGUGCUUCCCUAAGGGGAGAUAGGAGGCAGAGACAGGAGAAUCUCUGGAUGUUCAUGGACCAGUAAGUCUGGCUGACGCAGAGGUGAAGAGACCCUGUCUCAAACAAAGGAAAGGCAAGGACUGACACCUGAAGGUCAUCCUCUGGCCUUCAUGUGCCCUCUGUCACACAAACAGGCAGGUCAGACUGGCAAACCAAAUGCUGAAUUCUAUUGUUUUUGUGCCAUAUUUUGCUUUUAAACAAACUUACCUAUCAUCUUACAGAAUUAUUCUUUCUCAGUACUUUUUAAUUCCUGUUAUUUUUGAGGAUCUUAUCCAUAGGUUUCCAACAGUAGGAUAAUAUAAAAAUUAAAAAGUAUUCACCUUCAUAUCCAUCAAAUUACUAUUCUUGUCUUCCCAAAA